ACAUUUGACACUAAAUGUGAAGCACCAAACAUCAUCAUCUCUUAGUCUAUCUUUCAAUUCUCUUUGUUACUUUCCCCUCCACAAAAAAGAAAAAAGAAGAAGAGAAUGGCAUCCAGAGAAAUGCUGAUCAUAAUCGCCGUCCUCGCAACUACACUCAUCAGUUUAACAGUAGCUACAGACCAUACCAUUGGUGGUCCUAGUGGCUGGACUGUAGGAGCUAGUCUUCGAACUUGGGCUGCAGCACAAACAUUUGCUGUCGGAGACAAUCUUGUUUUCUCCUACCCUGCUGCCUUCCACGACGUUGUUGAAGUCACAAAACCCGAAUUCGAUAGCUGUCAAUCGGUUAAACCGCUCAUAACGUUUGCUAAUGGAAACUCCAUUGUUCCUCUCACCACCCCUGGAAAAAGGUACUUCAUUUGUGGAAUGCCGGGACAUUGUAGCCAAGGGAUGAAACUCGAAGUAAACGUUGUUCCAACCACAACCGCAGCACCAACCGCACCGCUUCCAAACACUGUCCCAUCUCUAAAAGCGCCUUCACCUUCUUCUGUUUUACCUAUUCAACAACCUCUGUUACCUCUUAACCCUGUCCCUGUUCUCUCUCCAUCUUCUUCUACUCCACUUCCUUCCUCCUCUCUGCCUCUUAUUCCGGCACUUUCCCCGGCACUAUCUCCGGCAGCUGCAGCUGGGACAUCUCUGCCCUUGCUACCAGGCUCACCAGGUAGCUCUAGCAGCAGUACAACCACCAAAACCGUCGGGACAUUUCCUUCCAGUACUAGUGGCCCAACGGUUGAUCUUGCCGGAGCAGGCACCUCUCCGGUUGACUCCUCCUCCGCUGCGAAAACACUUGUUUUGGGAUUUGGAUUCAUGGUCGCUAUGAUGCUUCAUUUGUUCUAAGUGGGGAGAGAUUUGUUUGCUGAGGGAAAUGUCGUUUGUGUUUACUUUCUUAUGUUUCUUGUAUAUGAGACCGUGUGUUGUUGUUUUUUUUUGGUGCUUUUUGUGUAUUUUAGUAUUGGCCUUAUAUGUAUAUUAUCCGUUUAUCCUCAAAUAUUACAUUGGAGUACAAUUUAUAUAA